AUGUCCCUGCCAUCGAAGGAAGAAGCCGACAGGGACGUCGUGCACAACAAUAGCGCUCCCAAACACGAAUCUUACCCCGUGCAACCUCCUAGAGAAACAGUGGAGCCAUCCUAUACCGAUGAAGAGCAUGAACAGUUGGACGAAGAAGCCAGAAAUGCCUACAAUGGAGCAGAGCUGGAAACCGUCGCAUCCUCAAAGCCAUCCGUCAACAACAUUCGAUCCGUGCCAAAUGGAGGUCUGACAGCAUGGCUGCAAGUCUUGGGAUCCUUCUUUCUAUUCUUCAACACUUGGGGGACCGUAAACGCCUUCGGAACAUAUCAAACCUUCUACGAAAGUGACUUCCUUUCCUCCACAUCUCCCUCAACGAUAUCCUGGAUUGGAUCACUACAAGGAACCUUGCUCAUGCUGAUAGGGACCCUCACUGGACCGGUCUACGAUGCAGGCUACGUGAGAUCUCUCGUAGCGACUGGAUCCAUCCUCGUGGUAUUCGGCCAGAUGAUGCUGUCACUGUCAACCACCUACUGGCAAGUCUUUCUUUCCCAAGCCGUCUGUAUCGGUCUGGGGACCGGAUGCCUGUUUGUCCCAUGCGUCGCGAUCCUCAGCACAUACUUCAGCACCCGCGUCGCCACAGCUAUGGGUCUUGCGGCCGCAGGAUCAAGUUUCGGGGGCGUAAUUUAUCCGAUUGUCUUCCACCGAUUGCAGCCCAUGAUAGGCUUCGGCUGGACUACCAGAGUCAUGGGAUUCAUGAUGCUCGUCACGCUCGCAGUCUCCAAUAGCGUCCUCAAAGUCCGCGUACUUCCAGACGCACGACGAAAAUUCGUGGACCUAAGCGCAUUCAAAGAAGGCCCGUACGCGUUCUUCGUUUUUGGCUGUCUGAUCGGAUUCGCCGGACUGUACACACCCUUCUUCUACAUUCAAUCCUACGUAAUAGACACCGGUAUCGCUGAUCCCAGUCUGGGAUUCUACUUUCUGGCCAUUCUUAACGGAUCCAGCUUAUUCGGCAGAAUCGUUCCUAACAUCGUCGCGGACCGACUCGGCCCGUUCAACGUUGUGAUACCAUGCGUCUUCGCUACCGGGCUUCUGGGGAUCUGUCUGAUUCCCACGCGAACAGUUGCAUCUGUAGUGGUUAUUGCUGCUCUCUAUGGCUUCUUCUCCGGGACCUUCGUGUCUCUCCCGCCAACGAUUUAUGUACACAUCACGAAAAAUCGCGGUAUGAUCGGUACGCGUAUGGGAAUGGGAUUUGCGUGUACGUCGAUGGGGAUUUUAAUUGGCACUCCUAUUUCUGGGGCCAUCCUAWCAGGCAGCAGCUACACCUGGGUGUGGCUGUUCGGUGGCCUGCUUACAAUGGCAGCGGGUUGCUCGAUCACUGCUGCGCGGGUCAGCAAAGGCGGUUGGAGUCUCAGGAAAGUUGUGUGA